AUGGUUGAAGAGGUGAGAUCUGGACAGACUUUAGAUGAUGGCAAUGGAUGGUUUGACAAGGAAGCUUCUGUGCCGUUCUGGGGACCUUUGGCAAUUAGGUUUUUGAAGGUAAUGGUUUUCUUUUGGUAUUUUUUUGUUUUUAGGUACUUGAGGAAGGUAACUGGAAGUGUUUAGAAUGUGAUUAAGAAUUUGAGGAAGUUGUUUGACAGGAUAUUGCGAUUUUUUGGCGAUUUUAGUGGUUUUACCUCGUUUUAGACGAUAUACAGCUUCUUUUCAGGGGUUUUUAACUUAUAAAAAGAUGUAGGUUUAGUUUCUUUUAUUCUAGGAGUUGAAUAAAGUACUAUAGACGCUGCUCAUAUUUUAAGAUUUGUUUUUUACAUUUAAACUUGGGUGAUAUAGCUUAGUUCAUGUUGUUUAACACAUCUAUAUCUCUAUUGCUUCGUUAUGAGCGUUAACUUGUUUAUAACUUUAUAGUUUCAGCUGAAUCGAAUUCCAAAGCACAUAGCAUUUAUCAUGGAUGGUAACAGAAGAUAUGCUCGGACUAAAAACAUGGGAUCAGUCGUUAAAGGGCAUUUUCGUGGUUUCGAUCAGCUGACGCGGGUAGGUCAAUAUACUUCGGCAAAAAUUGAUAUUUAUAUUAGUAAGUUAGGCUUGGGAAGGUAUAAAAUACGUAAUGUAUAUUCUUUACAAGCUAUAAAACGUUGUUUUAGGUAUUGGAUUGGUGUAAUCAGCUUGGAGUUAAAGAAAUAACUUGUUAUGCCUUUAGCAUUGAGAACUUCAAGCGAUCACAGGACGAAGUUGAUGGUCUUCUUCAAAUGGCUGAACAGAAAUUUACAAGAUUGUUGGAAGAAAAGUAAGUUUAUUCUAUGAUUUUGUUGCUGUACUGUUUAGGCAUUUGAUUUGAAACACAAGGAUAUUGUUAUAGAUGAAAUAAGGCAUCAAAGUAUAAGAUUACUUGUCAAAUAAAGCUGUAAUUUUGAAGUUUCAGAGAGAAGUUGGAAGAAAAAAGAGUAAAGUUCAGAUUCUUUGGGGAUUUAGAACGAUUACCAUCUAAACUUCAACGUCUAAUAGCUGAAAUAGAGUUAUUCACCAAGGACUUUGAUGGGUAAGAUUUAUUUCUGGAAGCUUUUCUUAAGUUCUUGUUUAAUUAAAGUAAAUUUUUUGAAAUUUUAGGGAAUAGAUGGAUUUAUAUCAUUAUAUUUUGACAAAAUUAAUGUUUAAAUUUUUUGUUUUUAUCAAUUUUAAGGCGAAAAACAGCAUUUUUUGAUGUUAAUUUAACUUUUUUUUGGUAAUUCAGGUACUUUUUAUGUUGUACCUGUUAAUUUUUUAUUGGUUUUUCGCAUUUCAGGGCGUUUCUGAAUGUGUGUUUGUCAUAUACAUCACAAGACGAGAUUGCUCGAGGAAUGGAAAGGAUAAGAUUGGCAAAGGUCGAUGGUGUCAUCGAUGAGAAGUAAGUCAUUGUUUACCACAAAUUAUUUAAAAGUUUUAAUUUUAGUUUUUAAAUUUACUUAAAAUUUUGAAAAAGGGGUAUAUUAAACCGUAUUUUAUGCAAAUAUUUCAACUUUUAGGCUUAUAUGACGGUAAAAAUUAUUGUAAAUUAGUAUUAUGAUGUUUUAACACCCUAUAAUAAGCAAAUUUUUAAUGUCAUAACUUUCAGCGAGAUCACAGAAGACCUCCUGGAGCAUUCCCUGGAUACAAGAUCGUCUUUACCGGUCGAUAUGUUGAUCCGAACCUCUGGCGAGAAGCGUCUCAGUGACUUCCUACUAUGGCAAACCUCGUCCAACAACUGUUUUCUCCACUUUGAUGAAGUGUUAUGGCCGGAUUUUGAUUUCACACAUCUUUUCAAGGCCAUUAUGAGGUAUCAGAUGCAUGUGGUUACUCAGGUACGUCGAUUUUAUUGUUGUUUUAGGGUCUUUAACCGAAAGUUCAUUAAAAAAUGCCAAAGAAGUUUAAUAUUUGAUGUUUUCAGGGCAUAGAAGAUGUGAAAACGUCAGAAUCCGAGGCAAUACGACGCUUCAAACAACGUCAAGACGAGCUACGGUACCAGAAAUGGGAAAACUUACUCAAGCUGUAA